AAACAGUGUAGGAAGAGCGAGUGUGGAAUGCCUCUGCUGACAGGUAAAGCACUAUUACUAAUUUAUCUCUCUCCUCUUAGUGCUGGCUAAGCACGGAGAAGAGCGCGGCUGGGAGAACACACUGGAUGUCAGUGCUGUCAAGCCUUCAUUUCACCUGUCAGCGCGGUGACUGACGUACAAGCACUUGUUUGCCCUUCCUGUGGUCUUCUCUUGCGUGUCCUGACAGGCGCAGGCCUCCGGAGCAGCGCACUUCGCCUCCUGCUACAAGGUCUCUCUCUCCUCCGGCUCUGCUGUCAGCCUUUGAUCAUGGCGAGACUCUCUGUUCUCCACUCAGACGGACGACAGCAGCUCUCCCGCCCCGCGUGGAAUCCUUCCUGCCCCGGCCAGGUGACAGCAGACACUGCAAUCACGCUCCAUAAUCACAGUUUCCGAGGCGGAAUGGACUUGGGGCCGUGGCCAACAGCCACUAAUGUGGGCCUCCACGGGCCACUCGCCUACAGAUGGGCAUCUGCCACGAUACACGCGGGCCACAGGAAACAGAGCUCCAGCCGAAAGCGCUCGCAGGAUUACUCUGCUGCUCCAAAUUACUGCAGAAAUGCUGUACACUAAUGAGAAGUGGUGGCAAAGACAGCUGUUAUAACAUGAUGCAGUGUGUUGCUGCAGGACACACUAUAGUAGCACUGGCCAACCUCCGACCAGCUCACACAGAUGAGCUUGACAGCUACAUGUAUCAAACGGUUGGGCAUCAGGCUAUUGAGCUGUAUGCAGAAGCCAUGGACCUGCCCCUGUACAGGAGGACCAUAGAAGGCUCGAGUGUGGACACGAGCAGAGAAUACAGUCCGAACGAUGCUGAUGAGGUGGAAGACCUGUACCAGCUGCUUCGACUUGUCAAGGAAAAGGAGGGUGUCGAAGCCGUAUCAGUAGGAGCCAUUCUGUCUGACUACCAGAGAGUUCGAGUGGAAAAUGUGUGCUCCAGGUUGCAACUCCAGCCUCUGGCGUAUUUGUGGCGCCGUGAGCAAGCUGAUCUGCUCAGUGAGAUGAUCUCCUCUGGCCUUCAGGCCUUCGUCAUCAAGGUGGCGGCGUACGGUCUGGAUCCUGGAACACAUUUAGCAAAGACUCUGGCUGAGAUGGAACCCUAUCUGCAUCAGCUUUCGAAGAAGUACGGCGUGCAUAUCUGUGGCGAAGGCGGCGAGUAUGAGACCUUCACCACUGACUGUCCCCUAUUCAAGAAAAGGAUAGUCAUUGAUGCAGUGGAGACGAUUAUCCAUUCAAACGACGCCUUUGCCCCAGUCGCAUACCUGAGAUUUACACAGAUGCACACAGAAGACAAAACUACAGGCUCCACAGAGAGCGCACUGCCCCUCACUAGCUGUCCUUGCCAGAGUGCCAUUGACAUGAUGACUGAGGAGACGGCCUGUGCUGAUAAAACCCAAGACGUACAGGAAGAAUUUGCAUCAAACGAUUGUCAGUUUAUGAGCUCAGCCAGAAGUUCUUCAGGUUAUCAGUGGAUCUCUGGAAUCAGCGGCCAUUCCUCUGAGCACACAGAUAUCCAGAGCCAGACCCAGCAUGCCUUCACUGUGCUGCAAGGUGAAUUACAGAAGAACGGGUGGCAAUUGAAGCACAUCGUGCUGGUUCACUUAUAUGUGAGAAACAUGGAGGAUUUUGGGAAAGUGAACGCAGUGUACCGCCUUUUCUUCAGCCACAGUCCUCCAGCCAGGGUGUGUGUGCAGGCUCGGUUGCCCAUGGGUCAUCUCUUGCAGAUGGAUGUGCUGCUUCACAACUGGUCCACGGCUCCUGAAGAAGACAGCUUCCAGCGCAGAGACACCCUGCAUGUGCAAAGCAUAUCUCACUGGGCACCGGCUAACAUCGGGCCCUACAGCCAGGCUGUGCAGGUGGAUGAGGCCGUGUUCUGUGCAGGUCAGAUCGCUCUGGUCCCCUGCACCAUGCAGCUGCUGAGGGCGGGCCCAGGCUCCCAGGCCCAGCUGUGUUACAGCCACAUGGAGAAAGUGCUGCGUGCCAUGAGUGCUAGUCUCACAUUGGGACACACACUGCAGGCACACUGCUAUGUCACAGACCUUACACACAUACCAGCUGUCAGGAAGGUGUGGCAAGAUAAGAUACAGGACCCUCAAGACCAGGACGUAUGUUAUGGAGUAGAAGAGAUUCAAUGCCCCCUUCUGGUUGUUUCCGUGAUGCCCUCUUUGCCCAGAGGAGCAGCAGUGGAACUUCAUGUCAUUGCCGUGCAGGACGAGCCUGCAGAGAGGACUUCCUGUCAGAUGACCUCUGAGAUCCCAGGAGGUUCUGUCCACUGGCAGGUGCUGCAGUCCAGUACCCUCCUUUAUGCCACUCUGUCCCUGAGUGUGUCCCUGCAUGAGUCAUGCACAACACCAGAGUACAUGGGCACAGAGGGCAUCCUGGGGGCUGUGAGCACCUCCUUCCAACAAGCUCUAGAGCAGAUGGAGAAGACACUGUCUCCUUUAUGCACCAGAAUCUUCUACAAGGACAGCAAUAAGUUAGCCACUGAGCUCUCUGCAGGGCUGCGGAGUUGCUUAGAGAGCAGACUGGGUGCGAAAAGGCCGGCGCUGGUGCUGGUUCCUGUGCUGGAGCUGCCGGACCGCACUCUUCUUCACCUUUCCUGCUGGCUCAGCACAUAGUGGAGGACAAUGACCACAAGCUGGACUGGUAGUAGGGGUAGUAGCUCACCAGCAUCCAGUGGUAAACGACUGGUUUAUAAACUCCAAGACAUUUCAUAGUUAAUCCGCCAAGUCCAGUUAAACAGCUUUGUCUUACUACUCACAGGCCAUUUAUUCUAAUAUAAACUGACUAAACACCUUAAAAUACAUAUGCACUCACUAACACACAUCACGAGAGGACCAAGACUGUGUGGAAUAACUAUGCAAAGUGCUUAGCUUCAAGAAAUCCAAGACUAAACAGUAGCAUCCUGUACCGUAUGGAUCUUAUCCUAUUUUUAAGAUUGCACAGCAUAAGGGAUAACCUUCUACCUUAUCCACAUCUCUCCAGCUCUGUUCCAUACACUCUGUUCUGCUCUGCUCUGUCGGCAACAUUGCUGGGAAUAGAUAGGUGUUUUUUUUCCGUAAGACCGUGUCUAUACAUGAAAAUAAAGCCAGUUGUUGAUAUGCAUGAUUAAUGUGCAAGCAGUAAUUGUGGUAGGUUAUGUUUUUAAUAUAGUUCACAAGAUUGAGUUGAAGGGAUCUCUACAGAGAUUAGGAAUCUUACACACACACACACACAAAGAAAGAAACCCUAGAGGAGAGAAACCUGGAAGAGUUGGUGUUGGUGUGGAUAUGGUUCCUGAAAGUGUAAGUAAUGAACUGAAUAACAAUCUGUGUUUGUGUGGCGGUCUGGGAAAACGCUUCACAUUUCAUACUAUAUACAGUUCUAAACACAGAGGUUUCCUGAACUGAACUUUUGUAUCUCUUUUGCAUGUAUCUCAACCGCAAAAAAAUAAAAAAGUAAAGUUCUUUGUAAA